CACACCUGUUAUCACAGACAGCUUCAAAUACACAGGUUAAGGAAAAGAGCGCGUGACAAAGUCGCCUAAAGGUUCUACAGGGGAAAUGAGCGCACGAGUCCCCGGGAGCACUAAAGUGCACGAGCAAGAAAAGGAGGCGGGGGCAAAAAGAAGGGAUGAGUGCUGGUAUAAAAAGGAGUGUGUAGAAGAAGAGCAAUAAAAAGCAGAUAUUUCAGUGCAGUGUACAUGAACUAUAGUGGAGUUUAAUCAGAGAUAAACCUGUCAUGCCAUGGAGAGAGAAAAGGGCAUGGAGGGCAUCAGAGUUCACCUACACGAGCGGGAGCUGUGGAGGAAGUUUCAUGACGUCACUACAGAAAUGAUCAUCACUAAAGCGGGCCGACGAAUGUUCCCGAGUUACAAAGUGAAGGUAACAGGUUUGAAUCCCAGAGCCAAAUACAUCCUGCUGAUGGACAUCGUGUCUGCUGAUGAACACCGCUACAAAUACACAGAGAACAAAUGGUAA